AAUAAUUGACUCGUUAUAACACUUGAAAUUUGGCUGUUAUGUAAAAGAAAACACUUAAUUAAUAGAAGGUACGUACCUUGAGAGAAGAAGAAGAAGAUCUGAAACAAAAGACUUUUUGGUCUUCGCUUUUGGAAAAUAAAAAGAAAAUUGGAAAGGGGCUGACUUUGUCUGGUUGGUGGUGGACCUCGUCUGGUUGGUGACUAUAAAGAUAGAGGAGUGUUAUCCAUGUAGUUCCAUAACUCGCUCGUCUUCGGUUCCUUCCUUCUUCAGAAACUAGUCGUCGAUUCUAACCGGAAUCGUCAACGUCCUCAGAUUUUAUCAGGAGAUCUUAUUGUUUCUGAUCUAAUUUACAAGAUCCAUGCUUUUGAAUCAUUGAUUAGAGAUACAAAAAAAAAAAAAAAAAAAUGGCAAUGGCACCAGUAGUUAAGCUGGUUUUAGGUUCAUUAGCCUUUGCCAUUUUCUGGGUAUUAGCAGUAUUCCCAUCUGUACCAUUACUACCAAUCGGUCGAACCGCCGGUUCUCUGUUCGGUGCAAUGCUAAUGGUUAUCUUCCAAGUGAUAACCCCUGAACAAGCUUACGCUGCCAUCGAUCUCCCCAUCCUUGGCCUUCUCUUUGGUACUAUGGUUGUUAGUAUAUACCUUGAGAGAGCUGACAUGUUCAAGUACUUAGGCACAUUGCUCUCUUGGAAAAGCAGAGGACCUAAAGACUUGCUAUGUCGAGUCUGUCUUGUUUCCGCGGUUUCAAGCGCUCUUUUCACUAAUGAUACUUCUUGUGUGGUUUUGACCGAGUUUGUGUUGAAGAUCGCUAGGCAAAAGAACCUCCCUCCUCAUCCUUUUUUGCUCGCUUUGGCCACGAGUGCUAAUAUUGGUUCUUCCGCUACUCCCAUUGGGAAUCCUCAGAAUCUUGUUAUCGCUGUUCAAAGCAAGAUACCCUUUGGGGAGUUUCUUUUUGGUGUUUUUCCUGAUAUGAUUGUUGGUAUUACCGUCAAUGCUUUGCUUCUUCUCGGUAUGUAUUGGCGGGUGUUGUCUGAUCAUAAAGAGGACGAAGAGAAAGCAGGAGAUGUUGCUGAUUCUGAAGUUGUCUCUGUUGCUGAAGAAGAUGUCACAUCUCAUAGGUUUUCGCCUGCUACGUUUCCACCACCAGCUACAUCCGAAGACUCGAACUUGAGAGUUGAUGCUGUUGAUACGCUCAGAAACAGAGCUGGUUCGGCUGGUGAGAGUGAUCUUAUAAGCCGUGAUUCAAACGCGUCAAGAGAACUACAAACCGACGCAGAGUCUCAAGGAGAGAGCAAUAACAGCAACAGUAUGUUCAGAACCAAGAAAUGGAGAAGAGUUUUAUGGAAGUCAAGUGUUUAUUUAAUCACGUUAGGGAUGCUAGUGUCUAUGCUUAUGGGUUUAAACAUGUCGUGGGCUGCAAUUACCGCGGCUCUAGCUCUCGUUGUUCUUGAUUUCAAAGAUGCAAGGCCUUCUCUCGAGAAGGUGUCGUAUUCGCUUUUGAUCUUCUUCUGCGGGAUGUUCAUAACCGUUGAUGGAUUCAACAAAACUGGUAUCCCGACCGCUCUAUGGGACCUAAUGGAGCCAUAUGCCAAAAUCGAUCAAGCCAAAGGAACCGCGGUUCUAGCAGUUGUGAUUCUUGUCCUCUCCAAUGUAGCCUCUAAUGUGCCUACCGUGCUUUUGCUGGGAGCAAGAGUGGCGGCAUCAGCAAUGGGGAGGGAAGAGGAGAAGAAGGCUUGGUUGUUGCUUGCGUGGGUGAGCACGGUGGCUGGGAACUUGACGUUGCUUGGUUCAGCUGCAAACCUGAUAGUGUGUGAGCAAGCUCGCAGAGCAGGGAGCCAUGGAUACACUCUCACUUUCACAAAACACUUCAAGUUCGGUUUACCUUCAACACUCAUCGUCACUGCCAUUGGUCUCCUCUUAAUCAGGUAAAAUCAUAGCUCACUCUGCAUAUAUGCUUUAUUUUCUCCUUGUGGAGGAAUUUCAUUCAUUUCAAGAAUCAGUCUUCAUGUGUUCUCUUCCACACGUUUGUAAUUUAAUGUUCAUAGUAUCCAUAUUUGUAUCAUUGAUAAACAAAGCUAUAUAUACUAAAACUAUAACUAGCUGAAAACGUGAUUCUACUACUUUUCAUUUUUCAUAAUAUUAAUCAA